CUAAUCAAGUAUAGGACACGUACAAACAAUGAAGGAAAACUCCAAAUCAAACAAGUCAACAAUCUCGGUAAACAAUGAUUUCUUGGUCAAAAAUAUCUCCAUAUGAACUUGAAAUUCCAAUGUUCUUCUCCUUCUACAUUCAUCUUUUUCAAAAUUUAAUCAAACCCCACUUCUUAAUUCCUACUCAAUUUCAAAACCCAAAACUAGAACUCAACAGAUGUCUUUCUACAUAACGAAUUUCUUCAAUCCCCAAUCUGCCGCGGAGAAGGCGGUGUCCGUGAUUGGAAAUGGUUACGACCUCACCUUAGAUAUCCGAUUAAAUGGCUGUAAACCCGGUCCUUCCGGGUCGACCCUUAUCGAUCUCGACGGAACCCUAACUAAAGACCUGGUGGUUCCCGGCGGCGGCGUCGUACCCAAUGUUCCCGCCUCUAUCAAGUGCGAUAAAGGCGAACGCACUAGAUUCCGUUCCGAUGUUAUUUCGUUUAACCAGAUGGUAGAGCAAUUCAAUCAGGACGUAUCUUUAUCAGGGAAGAUACCUUCUGGUUUCUUCAAUUCCAUGUUUAAUUACAAAGGAUGCUGGCAAAAAGACGCAUCUUCAACAAAAAGUCUAGCUUUUGAUGGUUGGUUUAUAACAUUGUAUAACAUCGAGCUACAAAGAGCCCAAAUCUCGUUAUCUGAGAAAGUGAAAAGCGAAGUGCCCUCUUCAUGGGAUCCUGCUGCACUUGCAGGGUUUAUUGAUAAAUAUGGUACACAUAUGGUGGUUGGGGUUAAGAUGGGUGGCAAAGAUGUAAUUUAUCUAAAACAACUACAAACUUCAGAUCUCGAGCCAAGACAAGUCCGGGAUAUACUAAAGCAAUUAGUGGACCAAAAAUUAUCCGAGGACGUAAGUGAAAUACCCGUUUUGCCCCCUGAGAAGUCAUCUAAGCAAAAGGAAGAACGAAUGGUAGCAUGGGACGUUCCUCUAGUUUUCACAAACUCGCUAAGACCAUCCGUCACAUCACUCUCGAAGAAGGACGAUUUAUUAAGCAUUCAUGUUCGUCAAGGAGGUAUAGACAACAACCAAAGUCACAAUGAUUGGCUUUCGACUGUAUCACAAUCACCAAAUGUCAUCUCAAUGUCAUUUGUUCCAAUUGUUUCCCUUUUAAAUGGUGUUCGUGGUAGCGGAUUUCUUACUCAUGCGAUUAAUCUCUACCUUCGAUAUAAACCGCCAAUAGAGGAACUCGAGCAAUUUCUCGAGUUCCAGUUACCGCGGCAAUGGGCGCCCAUAUACAGCGAUCUGCCGCUAGCAGCUCGCCGGAAAACACCAUCAAUGCCAUCACUUCAGUUCACAUUCUUAGGUCCUCGACUUCACAUCAACACCACAAAGGUCGAUUCCGGCAACCGACCCGUCACCGGUGUGCGCUUGUAUUUAGAAGGCCGGAAAAGCAAUCGACUGGCCAUCCAUCUCCAACAUCUAUCCACGGUUCCAAAAUCGCUCGAACUUUUUGAUGAUUUUAUCAAUGAACUUUGUGAGGAACAUUCCGGAAAGGGAUACAUGGAACCGGUUAAGUGGGCCAUCUUCUCGCACGUGUGCACUGCCCCGAUUGAAUACAGUGAGACUCGGAUUGAUGAUGACUCGGCUUCAAUUGUGACCAAGGCAUGGUUCGAGGUGAAAGGGGUCGGUAUGAAAAAGGUUCUUUUUCUCCGAUUAGGGUUUGCGAUGGUGAAGUUUGCAAAAAUCCGACGGUCCGAAUGGGACGGACCUUCGACGCAUUCCCGAAAAUCGGGAAUGUUGUCGAUGUUGAUGAGUGCCCCGUUUAGUACGGGGCUUUCACCGGCUGAUCAGAAGUCUGAUCAGCCGGUGAAGGUGGAUUUGAACUCGGCUAUUUAUCCGAGUGGGCCACCUUCGGGUGAACCAAAAAUGUCGAGUUUUGUUGAUACGAAGGAAAUGGUUAGGGGACCGGAGAAUCCACCUGGGUAUUGGGUGGUAACCGGAGCGAAGCUAUGUAUGGAGGGUGGUCGGAUUAGAGUGAAAGUUAAGUAUUCGUUGUUGGUUAUAAUGUCGGAGGAUUCCAUGUUGAUGUGAGAAAAUGAGUAGCCAUUGUUGCAUCAUGUUAUGUUAUAUUAUUUAUGAUGAUUUAGAUUGUACAUACAAAUUCGAUCAAAUUUGAGUUAGAAUACAAGGAUAUAGAUGAAAUAUAGGACAGGCAG